CAGACCCAUGCUGGACCAAGGUCAGAUGUAAGGGAAAGGUGUUCUGGUCAACAGUUAACAAGCCAACCAACCUAUCCUAUUAAAGAGAGUGACUAUCCUCAUAAUACAAAGUAUGACUUCGAGUUUUCCUGCUUCCAAUACAUCCAUGAGAUCUGAGAGGAAUACAUAUGUUGGAAAAGGUUUUGUUCAUGUUAAAAAUCCUUACCUGGACUCUAUGGAUGAAGAUGUUCUCUAUCACUUGGAUUUAGGAACAAAAACACACAACCUACCAGAAAUGUUUGGGGAUGUAAAGUUUGUCUGCGUUGGUGGAAGCCCUAACAGAAUGAAAGCAUUUGCACUCUUUAUGCACAAGGAGCUCAGAUUGGAAGACAGUGAAGAGGACAUCAAGGACAUCUGCGCCGGGACUGACAGAUAUUGUAUGUACAAAAUUGGUCCCGUGCUCUCUAUCAGUCAUGGCAUGGGCAUCCCCUCCAUUUCUAUUAUGCUUCAUGAACUCAUUAAAUUACUGUACCAUGCCCGGUGCUGUGACGUGACCAUUAUCAGAAUUGGUACAUCAGGGGGAAUAGGGAUUGCACCGGGGUCUGUUGUAAUAACAGAUAGAGCCGUAGACUCCUUUUUUAAGCCCCAGUUUGAACAGGUAAUCUUGGAUAAUGUUGUCACCAGAAGUACUGAACUUGACAAAGAACUGGCUGAGGAACUAUUCAACUGCAGCAAAGAAAUUCCCGACUUCCCAACCCUCAUUGGACAUACGAUGUGUACCUAUGAUUUUUAUGAAGGCCAGGGUCGACUAGAUGGAGCGCUGUGCUCCUUUUCCAGAGAAAAGGGGUUAGAUUACUUGAAAAGAGCAUAUAAUGCCGGCAUCAGGAAUAUCGAAAUGGAAUCUACGGUGUUUGCGGCCAUGUGUAGACUUUGUGGUCUAAAAGCUGCUGUGGUCUGUGUGACACUUCUCAACAGACUUGAAUGUGACCAGAUCAACUCUCCUCAUGAUGUUCUGGUGGAGUACCAAAAACGGCCUCAGCUCCUAAUCUCCAGAUUCAUCAAACGGCGGCUUGGACUUCGUGACCUGACAUCAUAGCUGGGCAGCCCAAUCCUUCCCUGAAAGUUUGUAGUUCCAGUCAUAAUGUUGAAGUCAUAUAUUAUUUGUGGCAUUUUUAUAUAGUUCUCAUCCACAUGCUAAAAUCAUAAUUGAAUGAUUUUAUACAACCCUUUCUCUUAGAAAAAGAAUUUAUUGUAGAAGAGUUUAAUAACUUACAUUAAAUUAAAUUCAAAUUUCAUUUUAGAAUGAGUUAGCUAAGUCAGUCUAAUAAUUAAAACUGUAAAACUCCUGUACUGUGACAUUUGGAGUUUCAUAUGCAGCAUUAAUUAGGUUCACAUCAAAAUAGAUCAACCACUUGUGAUAGAAAGCCCAGAGAUAAACCCAUGCACCUAUGGUCAACUAAUCUAUGACAAAGGAGGCAAGGAUAUACAAUGGAGAAAAGACAGUCUCUUCAAUAAGUGGUGCUGGGAAAACUGGACAGCUACAUGUAAAAGAAUGAAAUUAGAAUACUCCCUAACACCAUACACAAAAAUAAACUCAAAAUGGGUUAGAGACCUAAAUGUAAGACCGGACACUAUAAAACUCUUAGAGGAAAACAUAGGAAGAACACUCUUUGACAUAAAUCACAGCAAGAUCUUUUUUGAUCCACCUCCUAGAGUAAUGGAAAUAAAAACAAAAAUAAACAAAUGGGACCUAAUGAAACUGCAAAGCUUUUGCACAGCAAAGGAAACCAUAAACAAGACGAAAAGACAACCCUCAGAAUGGGAGAAAAUAUUUGCAAAGGAAUCAACAGACAAAGGAUUAAUCUCCAAAAUAUAUAAACAGCUCAUUCAGCUCACUAUUAAAGAAACAAACAACCCAAUCCAAAAAUGGGCAGAAGACCUAAAUAGACAUUUCUCCAAAGAAGACAUACAGACGGCCAUGAAGCACAUGAAAAGAUGCUCAACAUCACUAAUUAUUAGAGAAAUGCAAAUCAAAACUCAAUGAGGGGGGCUUCCCUGGUGGCGCAGUGGUUGAGAAUCUGCCUGCCAAUGCAGGGGACGCGGGUUCGAGCCCUGGUCUGGGAAGAUCCCACAUGCCACAGAGCAACUAAGCCCGUGAGCCACAGCUACUGAGCCUGCGCGUCUGGAGCCUGUGCUCCGCAACAAGAGAGGCCGCGAUAGUGAGAGGUCCGCGCACCGCGAUGAAGAGUGGCCCCCGCUCACCGCAACUGAAGAAAGCCCUCGCACAGAAACGAAGACCCAACACAGCCAUAAAUAAAUAAAUAAAUUUAUUAAAAAAAAAAAAAACUCAAUGAGGUAUCACCUCACACCAGUUAGAAUGGGCAUCAUCAGAAAAUCUACAAACAACAAAUGCUGGAGAGGGUGUGGAGAAAAGGGAACUCUGUUGCACUGUUGGUGGGAAUGUAAAUUGAUACAGCCACUAUGGAGAACAAUUUGGAGGUUCCUUAAAAAACUAAAAAUAGAAUUACCAUAUGACCCAGCAAUCCCACUACUGGGCAUAUACCCAGAGAAAACCAUAAUUCAAAAAGACACAUGCACCCCAAUGUUCAUUGCAGCACUAUUUACAAUAGCCAGGUCAUGGAAGCAUCCUAAAUGCCCAUCGACAGACAAAUGGAUAAAGAAGUUGUGGUACAUAUAUACAAUGGAAUAUUACUCAGCCAUAAAAAGGAACGAAAUUGAGUCAUUUGUAGAGACGUGGAUGGAUCUAGAGACUGUCAUACAGAGUGAAGUAAGUCAGAAAGAGAAAAACAAAUAUCAUAUAUUAACGCAUGUAUGUGGAACCUAGAAAAAUGGUACAGAUGAACCGGGUUGCAGGACAGAAGUUGAGACACAGAUGUAGGGAACAAACGUAUGGACACCAAGGGGGGAAAACUGCAGUGGGGUGGGGAUGGUGGUGUGCUGAAUUGGGCGAUUGGGAUAGACAUGUAUACAGUGAUGUGUAUAAAACUGAUGACUGAUUAAUAUAAAAUAAAUAAAUAAAUAAAAGUUAAAAAAAAAAUAGAUCCCACAAGCUGGGCUUCCCUGGUGGUGCAGUGGUUAAGAAUCCGCCUGCCAAUGCAGGGGACAAUAAAAAAAAAAAAAAAAAAAAAAGAAUUUAUUGUAGAAGAGUUUAAUAACUUACAUUAAAUUAAAUUCAAAUUUCAUUUUAGAAUGAGUUAGCUAAGUCAGUCUAAUAAUUAAAACUGUAAAACUCCUGUACUGUGACAUUUGGAGUUUCAUAUGCAGCAUUAAUUAGGUUCACAUCAAAAUAGAUCAACCACUUGUGGAUACAGUUACCCGUCACUCUGUUUCUGAAACUAAUCCAGAAAUUCAUGUUAGAACAUUGUCAGGCACUUCUAGAUGUUGGACAAGUGACAGAAAUUGAUCAUGCAUAUUCAAAAUAUUUACAGAAAAAAAGUGUCAGUGUAAUGUAGGUCUAUAUGAAAAAGCUACACUUAGGGAAAUGUGACCAUACUUCUUUUUUUUCCCCUGCAGGAUUUCAGUGCACCAUGUAAUAGGGUUAGAGGCUUAGUUUUGCCCAUGUUUGUGAUUUUAUCACAAAAAGUAACAACUCUAGAUCACACAUUGAUUUUCAAAUGAAAACCCUUGGAAAUGCAAAGACAGAUCUUCAUUUUUCUUCAGAAAUCACAAAUGAUUAAAUCACCUUCUAGCAAUUUUUUUUCUUUUAAGGAAAUGCAUUUUGAAGAGGCUGUAUUUUUUAAAUUUCAUUUCAAUAUUAACCUCAUAGGCUGAGGAAUUAACAACAAGUGAAUUUAGACCUGAGUUCAAGAUGUUAAAGUCAUCCUUUUUUGUGACUUUGAAGCAGGUCUUGCCUGCACCCAACCUGUACCCCUAUUCAGUUUGACCCUCUGGCAGGCAUGGUGUCACUUAGGGGAUACACCUUGCUCUGUAUGAGUUGAUGCCUCCUGGGGGGGAGUCUUCUAAGGCUGAUACACUUAAGAGUUGGGAAGCAUGGAUGGCGGAAGGGUGGAGGAGAGCUUACAAUCUUGAAUAGCAUGUAACGUUGUGUACAUAUAUUUAUAUUGUUGUGGCUCAAAUAAAAUUUAAUUCCAACCAUGAGAGAGAUUUCUUUUGUCUCUUUGUAAUCAAUGACAAUAAACAAUCUCCCGAGAGGAGCAUCAGUUUGGGAACUUUUUUGGCAAUA